GGGCUUGCAUGACUCAUCCCAAUCAAGCAUCAACUAAUGGACCUCACCAUAAACAAAACAUUCCAUUAAACAAUUAACCAAGACAUUAAAUGGUGGCCUCGAAAUCAUCAAGAAUCAAUCACUCAUGAGAGAGCAUGGUUUAACUUAAAAUCUUGACUAGACAUUAACAUCCACUUUCGACCCAUCCCAUCUCAUCCCCUUUAUCAUCUCGCGUUUGCAAUUAAUGCAACCGUCCCUUAACCAUUUCCCCUAUUCUACGUCUCAUUAUCUUGAUCACAGUACUCACACCCCAGAUCGUAAUCUUCCAUAAAGCCGGGUUGACUGUCUUUUCCAAAGCUGUUGACUUCGAACACGUUUGCUGAAUCUUUAUCUGGAUUCACAACAUCAUUUUGCUUCACGAUUGACCCGUUUUUGAGGUAGUUAAAAUGGGGGGUUGUGUCUCCACAAAUAGUCGGAGUUUUGGCGGGAAGAGAACCAGAAAAACAUUUUCUGAUCAAGUUACCGCGUUUCAGCACUCGUCGUCGGCACCCAAUAGGAUAUUUGCAAAUGGGAAAAGCCGAAGUUCUUGUAUAUAUACUCAACAGGGUCGUAAGGGAAUCAACCAAGAUGCAAUGAUCGUAUGGGAAGAUUUUAUGGCUGAUGAUGUGACAUUUUGUGGAGUAUUUGAUGGGCAUGGGCCCCACGGACAUCUUGUUGCGCGUAAAGUUCGUGACACGUUACCGGUGAAGUUGUUUUCUUAUCUUGAUUCCUAUGAAUCGAAGAAAAACCGGUCUGCUACUUGUAUUUGUGGCAAUGUGGAUUCUGGAUUAGAUGGGGGUGAUGGUGAAGAAGAAAAACCGGAGUUGUUAUGGAGAGAAGCUUUUCUUAAAUCAUAUAAAGCCAUGGAUAAAGAGCUAAAAUCGCAUCCCAAUUUGGAUUGCUUUUGUAGUGGUAGCACCGCAGUGACCAUUGUUAAACAGGGAUCAAAUCUUUUCGUGGGGAGCAUUGGAGAUUCGCGUGCCAUCAUGGCAUCUAAAGACAUAAAUGAUUCACUCGUAGCAGUUCAGUUGACCAUUGACUUAAAGCCGGAUCUACCAAGAGAAGCUGAAAGGAUUAAAAAAUGCAGAGGUCGAGUCUUUGCAUUACAAGAUGAACCCGAGGUACAUAGGGUCUGGCUACCGUUUGAUGAUGCCCCGGGCCUAGCAAUGGCACGGGCUUUUGGAGAUUUUUGUUUGAAGGAGUAUGGAGUGAUCUCGAUUCCUGAAGUCUCUCACCGGAUUCUCACCGAAAGAGAUCAAUUUAUCGUUCUUGCUUCUGAUGGGAUUUGGGAUGUUUUAAGCAACGAACAAGUGAUCGAAAUCGUGUCAUCAGCUCCAACUCGGGCAUCAGCAGCAAGAUUACUAGUCGACUCAGCUGCCCGUGAAUGGAAAUCCAAAUACCCGACAUCCAAAAUGGACGAUUGCGCAGUCGUUUGCUUGUUUCUGGAUGGUAAAAUGGAUUCAGAAUCAGACAACGAAGAACAUGGGUUCUCUUCGACGCUCCAGAGUAAUGCAGGCGAAUCGGACGACGGCCAGAAUCCCGAGCCAUAUCUGCAGAGAAAUGCUACAGUGAGAUCAUCUGAAGAGCACAGUGGUGGUCUUAUAAGAGAGCAAAACGACAUAGUUUUGGAGACCAAAGGAGAAACCAGCUUGGGGGUGAGUGAAGAUCAGAACUGGUCCGGGUUGGAAGGGGUCACUCGAGUCAACUCACUGGUUCAACUUCCAAGAUUUUCAGAGGAGCAACCCAGAACUUAAUUUUUUUAUUUUUAUUUUUAUUUUUUGAACGGCAUGUUUAGUUUAUUAAGUACUAUUACUAUUAUAACCUUUGUGUUUAUAUAAUGAUUAAAGGUCAAAUAUUGUGUUUCUUAGGAAAAAGAAUUAUCUUCUUGUUUCCUUAAAUACAAUACAUGAUCUGGUAAUUGUUUGUUGCAACAAA